AAGAUGUAAUGGUGGAUCAGUGAGCAGCGACACUGAGCGACCUGUGCAUCCACGCGAGCUCCCUGCCCUUCUUCAGCAUGAAUGGGGAUAUGCCUCAUGUUCCUAUCACCACUCUCGCUGGGAUCGCAAGCCUCACUGACCUGUUAAAUCAGCUGCCUCUCCCUUCCCCUCUACCUGUCACCACCACUAAGAGCCUGCUGUAUAAUGGGAGGAUCGCCGAGGAGGUCAGCUGUCUGCUGUCCCGGCGGGACGACACUCUUGUGUCCCAGCUGGCACACAGCCUCAACCAGGUGUCCACCGAGCACAUAGAGCUGAAGGACAACUUGGGCAGUGAUGACCCGGAAGGAGAUGUGCCUCUACUGCUGCAGACGGUGUUGUCCAGGAACCCCAAUGUCUUCAGGGAGAAAAGUACGCCCACCCGAUAUGGGGUUCAGGGCGGUUUAAUGCAACAGCCAAUGAUACCACCAUACAAGAUGCCUCAGAAUUCAAUGCAUGGAAGUCCGGCGUCAAACUACCAGCAAACCACUAUAACUCCGAGCCCUCCCAGCCGAUAUGUUCAACCUCAGGCAGGUUCUGGUACCAGGUACAUGCCCCAGCAGAACAGCCCAGUGCCCAGCCCGUAUGCACCACAGAGCCCCGCAGGCUACAUGCAGUACAGCCACCCACCCAACUACCCUCAGCACCAACAGAUCCAGCAAGUAUCCGUAUCCAGUCCAAUAGUUCCUGGUGGUAUGAGAAACAUCCAUGACAACAAGGUCUCCUGUCAAGUGUCGGGUAACUCCAACCAUAAUGCGAGGCAUUGCUCCAACGAUGAGUACAUCAGCAUUGUCCAGAGACUUGGAAAUGAUGAGAGUGACCCCGCUUUGAGAAACGCCUCCUUUCCUGUACGCUCCGUCUGCUCCCCUGCUGGAAGUGAAGGGACUCCGAAAGUUGGAUCUCGGCCGCCCUUGAUUCUUCAGUCUCCUCCACCCUACACCUCCCCAAGAGAUGCUGCUCCUGACCUCCUGUUGGACUCACCUGAACGGAAAAAGAAACAGAAAAAAUUAAUGAAAGAGGAGGGGGGUAAAGGUGCCAUGUAUGACAUUGUCAGCUCACCCACUAAAGACUCCACAAAGCUAACAAUAAAGUUGUCUCGAGUGAAGUCUUCUGAGACUGAGCAGUCAGCUGAGCCAUUAUCGGUGGUAGAGCAUGGCUCAGAGGCUGAGAAUGAACUAUCGUGCAAUAGCUUACCAUAUCACCGGAACCCCCAGGAACGGCUCUCCACAGGUCAGUGUCUAUCGGGUGAGCAGUCGGCCUACCAGCAGUUUCCUGUACUACAGAACACUGGGGCACUUGCAGCCAAGCAACCCGGGGUAGUUAGUGGAACCCCCUACGACGAGGCAGAGCUGGAUGCUCUUGCUGAGAUCGAAAGGAUUGAGAGGGAAUCCGCUAUAGAACGAGAACGCUGCUCUAAGGAAGUUCAAGAUAAAGACAAACCUCUGAAGAAGAGAAAGCAGGAUUCGUACCCUCAGGAACCAGGAGCUGCGGGCACCGCUGGCUCUUCUGGAACACCUGGCGUGGGUGGCGGAUGCAAUGCUGGGAACAAACUGGUACCUCAAGAGGCUUGUGCCGCUAGUAACGGAGCCAGUCGGCCGGCCUUGAUGGUCAGUAUAGACCUGCAACAGGCAGGGAGGGUGGAAGGGCCAGUGGACUCCUGUCCUGUCCCUGCAACAGAGGCCCAGCGCUGGCCAGAAGAUGGUUCUGAAUCCACCGGGGUCUUGCGGCUCAAAUCAAAGACAGAUGGAGAGGUGCUUAGGACAGUAGAUGGUCGUCCAGAAGUCAUCAAGCAACGGGUGGAAACUACGCCACAGAAAACUGCUUCAGAUGGACGACCAGAGACUCCCAAACACAAGCACGAGAACCGCAAGGAGAUCUCCAACAAAGUGAGUUCGGAAAAAAGAUCGGAUCUCUCCAAGCACAGACAUGACGGUAAGUCUGACAAAGUGAGGCCUGAGGGAAAAGGUCAUGAAACUUCCAGAAAACAGAAAGGAUGGUCAGAGUCAACUCGAGAGAGCAAAGAGGAGAGGCAAAAGGAUCGGGACAGUGAAGGUUCUAAAGUCCGACGACCAGACAUAUCUAAGUCCAGCCGGGUAGAGCACAACAGGGACAUAGAUCGGGAUCAGGAACCAGGAAAGGAAGGGGAAAAUCAGGACAAGGAGCGAGAGAAAGAUCGAGACAAGGUGCGGGACAAGGAGCAGGAGAAAGAUCGGGACAAGGUGCGGGAGAAAGAUCGGGACAAGGUGCGGGAGAAAGAUCGGGACAAGGAGCGGGAGAAAGAUCGGGACAAGGUGCGGGAGAAAGAUCGGGACAAGGAGCGGGAGAAAGAUCAGGACAAGGAGCGGAUAAAAGAUCGGGACAGGGAACGAGAGAAAAAUCAGGACAAGGAAUGGGAGAGGGUCCGGGAUAAAGAUCGGGACAGGGAUCGAGACCAAGAAAAGAAACGCCACACAGAAUCAACAGAGUCCCGGGACAAGCGGUCUCCUGAGCAGCGCUCCCGUCCUAACAGUCCUCGGUUGAAGCAGGAACCUCGUAGUGGAGCAGAAUCCAAAACAAAACCUGAACGGUCAAUCCACAAAACUUCCAACAACAAAGACGAGAAACGGAGUGGAGACAAGAACCGACUUGAUGGACACAAGCCUCCGUCCUCGGACAGUAAAACGGCAGAAUUUCCCAACUACCUACUGGGGGGCAAAUCGAGUGCAUUAAAGAACUUUGUCAUUCCCAAGUUGAAACGGGACAAAGACGGUAACGUCAUGCAAGAAAUGCGACGAGAGCCACUUGUGAAAUUAGAAAAACUGGACCUGGUGGAGGACCUCAAUAAGGGCGCCAAACCUGUUGUUGUUCUGAAGAAACUUUCCAUUGAUGAGGUCCAGAAGUUGAUCAGUAAUUCGCGCAGCAAGUCAAGCAAGAGCAAGUCGUCUUAUGGAAAAUCGUUUGGAGAGAUGGAUUCCCGUAUGCCACUGUGUGAGAGGGUGAAAAUGAAUAAACGCAGACGCAGCUCCACUAAUGAGAAGCCCAAGUAUGCUGAAGUCAGCUCAGAUGAUGACAGUAGCUCUGUAGAACUGCCCCCAAAGCGUUUGAAAAAGGACCGAAACAAAGCAUGGGAAUAUGAAGAAAAGGACCGGAGGGGUUCUGGAGUUCAUCGACGAAGUGGAGGUCACUACGACAGCCGGAGAAGUUCAGGCAGUCAAUACAGAGAACGAAGUCCCGUGGACUCGGAUGAAGAUUCACCCCCUCCCAGCCUGAGUGAUCUUGCCAGAAAGUUGAAGAAGAAGGAAAAGCAGAAAAAGAGGAAAGCCUAUGAGCCCAAACUGACUGAGGACGAAAUGAUGGACUCAUCCACGUUCAAGAGAUUUUCCACCAGUGUUGACAACAUUCUUGAAAACCUUGAAGAUGUGGACUUGACAUCAUUAGAUGAUGACGAGAUUCCUCAGGAGCUGCUCCUCGGAAAACACCAGCUCUCGGAGUUAAACAGUGAAUCAGCCAAAAUAAAGGCUAUGGGCAUCAUGCAUAAGAUUCCAUCUGAUAAGAUGGUGAAGGUCCAGAGUAUUUUGGAAAAAAACAUUCAGGAUGGUGCGAAGCUCUCCACCCUCAUGAAUCAUGACAACGACAGGGACGACGAGGAGCGUUUGUGGCGUGACCUCAUCAUGGAACGUGUCACCAAAUCUGCUGAUGCUUGUCUGAUGGCUCUUAACAUCAUGACCUCAGCACGAAUGCCGAAGGCUGUUUACAUUGAGGAUGUUAUCGAGAGGGUCGUGCAGUACGCCAAGUUCCAUCUACAAAACACGCUGUACCCGCAGUACGACCCCGUCUACAGGGUGGACCCUCAUGGCGGUGGAACGCUAAGCUCAAAAGCCAAGCGAGCAAAGUGCUCAACGCACAAGCAGAGAGUUGCUGUCAUGCUCUACAACAAAGUUUGUGACAUUAUCAGUAACCUGUCUGAACUCUUGGAGAUUCAGCUGUUGACUGACACGACCAUCCUUCAGGUCUCGUCUCUAGGUAUCACUCCAUUCUUUGUUGAGAAUGUGAGUGAGCUGCAGCUUUGUGCUAUUAAACUAGUGACGGCUGUUUUCUCUAGAUAUGAGAAGCACAGGCAGCUGAUUCUGGAGGAGAUCUUCACCUCUCUUGCCAGACUGCCAACCAGCAAGAGAAACUUAAGAAAUUUCAGACUGAACAGCAGUGACAUGGAUGGCGAGCCCAUGUACAUUCAGAUGGUGACGGCGCUAGUUCUGCAGCUCAUUCAGUGUGUGGUCCAUCUACCUUCUGAUAAGGACUCAGAUGAUUAUAAUGACAGAAAGGUUGAUCAGGAUGUAUUAAUCACAAACUCAUAUGAGACUGCAAUGAGAACAGCACAAAACUUCCUCUCCGUUUUCCUCAAAAAGUGUGGUAGUAAGCAAGGUGAGGAUGACUACAGGCCACUGUUUGAGAACUUUGUUCAGGAUCUACUGUCCACAGUGAAUAAACCUGAUUGGCCAGCUGCAGAACUGCUGCUGAGCCUUCUGGGAAGGCUGCUGGUUCACCAGUUCAGUAAUAAGCAGACAGAGAUGGCUUUGAGAGUGGCCUCUUUGGAUUAUCUGGGCACAGUGGCUGCACGUCUUCGCAAAGAUGCCGUCACCAGCAAAAUGGACCAGCGUUCAAUCAACCGCAUCCUCGGAGAGAGCUCAGGCAGUGAUGAGAUUCAGCAGCUGCAGAAGGCUCUGCUGGGUUACAUGGACGAGAACGUAGAGACUGACCCGUCGCUAUUGUUUGCACGGAAGUUCUACAUCGCGCAGUGGUUCAGGGACACCAGCACUGAGACAGAGAAAGCCAUGAAAGCGCAAAGUCAGAGGGACGACGACUCGUCCGAUGGGCCGCACCAUGCCAGGGACGUCGAGACCACUAGUGAGAUCUUGCAGAAAGCAGAAGCGCGCAAGAAGUUCCUCCGGUCUGUUAUCAAGACCUCGGCAUCGAAAUUCAGCUCACUGAGAAUAAACUCAGAUACUGUCGACUAUGAGGACUCGUGUCUUAUUGUGCGAUAUCUGGCCUCCAUGAGGCCGUUUGCACAGAGCUUUGAUAUUUAUCUCACACAGAUAUUGAGAGUUCUCGGUGAAAGUGCCAUCGCAGUGAGAACUAAAGCGAUGAAAUGUCUUUCUGAGGUGGUUGCGGUGGAUCCAAGCAUUCUGGCACGGUCGGACAUGCAGCGGGGAGUUCAUGGCCGACUGAUGGAUAAUUCCACCAGCGUGAGAGAAGCUGCGGUAGAGCUGCUGGGGCGCUUCGUACUGAGUCGACCACAGCUAACUGAACAGUAUUACGACAUGCUGAUCGAGCGCAUCCUGGACACAGGCAUCAGUGUGAGGAAGAGGGUUAUUAAAAUCCUACGGGACAUCUGUCUGGAGCAGCCCACCUUCAACAAGAUCACAGAGAUGUGUGUAAAGAUGAUCAGGAGGGUCAAUGACGAAGAAGGCAUCAAGAAAUUGGUAAAUGAGACAUUUCAGAAGCUCUGGUUCACCCCUACACCUAAUCAUGAUAAACAGGCCAUGACUCGCAAGAUUCUCAACAUCACAGACGUGGUCGCUGCAUGCAGGGAUUCCGGUUACGACUGGUUCGAGCAGCUCCUUCAGAAUCUGUUAAAGUCAGAAGAGGAUGCCUCGUACAAACCGGCCAGGAAGGCUUGUGCUCAGCUGGUGGACAGUCUCGUGGAGCAUAUGCUGAAAUACGAGGAGUCUCUCGCUGACUAUGAUAAUAAGGGCUUGACGUCCAAUUGCCUAGUGGCUUGUAUCACCACGCUGUACCUGUUUAGCAAGAUCCGACCCCAGCUGAUGGUGAAACAUGCCAUGACUAUGCAGCCGUAUCUGACUACAAAGUGUAAUACUCAGAGUGAUUUUAUGGUGAUCUGUAAUGUGGCUAAAAUCCUGGAGCUUGUUGUUCCUUUGAUGGAACAUCCGAGUGAAAAUUUCCUCACCACCAUCGAAGAAGACCUGAUGAAACUCAUCAUCAAAUACGGCAUGACGGUUGUGCAGCAUUGCGUGAGUUGUCUCGGUGCGGUCGUCAAUAAGGUCACCCAUAACUACAAGUUUGUGUGGUCUUGUUUCAACCGAUACUAUGGAGCACUAAGCAAGCUGAAGUUGCAGCAUCAGGAAGACCCAAACUGCACCGUACUGGUCUCUAAUAAACCUGCUCUGCUGCGUUCACUCUUCACUGUGGGUGCCCUGUGCCGACACUUCGACUUUGACCAAGAGGAGUUCAAAGGCAGUAAUACGGUGGUCAUAAAGGACAAAGUGCUGGAGCUGCUGUUGUAUUUCACUAAAAAUGAGGAUGAGGAGGUGCAGACCAAGGCCAUCAUUGGUCUAGGCUUCCUGUUCAUCCAGCACCCAGGGCUAAUGUUUGCUUCAGAUGUGAAAAACCUCUACAACUGCCUCCUGGCUGACAGGAAAACAUCAGUGAAUCUGAAGAUCCAGGUGCUAAAGAACCUGCAGACAUACCUGCAGGAGGAAGACUCGCGCAUGCAGGAAGCCGACAGGGAGUGGAAGAAGAUGUCUAAGCAGGAGGACCUGAAGGAGAUGGGUGACAUCUCAUCUGGCAUGAGCAGUUCUAUCAUGCAGCUCUACCUCAAGCAAGUGCUAGAGUGCUUUUUCCACACGCAAUCCAGCGUACGGCACUUUGCUCUCAAUGUAAUCGUCCUGACGCUCAGCCAAGGCCUCAUUCAUCCCGUACAGUGUGUUCCGUAUCUUAUUGCCAUGGGAACUGACUUGGAACCCACAAUGAGGAAUAAAGCUGAUCAACAGCUGGUGGAGAUUGAUAAGAAAUACACUGGAUUCAUUCACUUGCAGUCUUUGCUAAAAGAGCCUAGACCACGGGAAAAGAAGAAAAAAAGAGGGAAAAAAUAUGGCUCUGGGGAUGAAAGUAGCAGAGGAAGAAGCCGGGAAGGGGAACGAUCCGCUGCAGUGAACUCUGACUCAGAUUCAGACCUCGACUUGGAGGACGUGGACAAGAUCAUGCUGCGUCUACCCGACAACCCCGAGCCCUUAUUGGACUUUGCUAACGCCUCUCAGGGCAUCUUGCUGCUCCUGAUGCUCAAGCAGCACCUUAAGAACCUCUACGGCUUCUCUGACAGUAAAAUUCAGAAGUACUCACCUACAGAAUCUGCAAAGGUUUAUGAUAAGGCUGUAAACAGGAAGGCCCAUGUGCAUUUCAACCCACGGCAGACACUAGACUACCUGACGAACAGCCUGUCCAAUGCAGAUCUUACUUACGAUGUCAAGAGGAGAGUCGUCAGACAGUAUUUAGAUUUUAAGGUUCUGAUGGAGCACUUGGACCCAGAUGAGGAAGAGGAGGAAGGGGAGGCUUCAGCCAGUAUCCACGCCAGAAAUAAAGCUAUCACUGCUCUACUAGGAGGGUCCAGCCCCAAGAAUAAUGCUGCCGACUCGUACGAUGACGACAGUGAUGCGGACGAAAAGGCUCCUGGGUCAUCACGGAGAUCCAGGAGAGGCGGAGAUUCCGCAGAGGCAUCAGGUCACAUGAACGAAACUUUAGAAGCCAUGGACGUCAUCGCUAUCUGCUGCCCCAAGUAUAAGGACCGGCCGCAGAUAGCGCGUGUUAUUCAUAAGACAAGCACAGGCUACAGCAUUCGCUGGAUGGCCGGGUCGUACUCCGGCACCUGGGCGGAGGCCAAGAAACGCAACGGACGUAAACUGGUGCCUUGGGUGGACACUAUAAAGGAGUCUGACAUUAUUUACAAGAAAAUUGCCUUGACAAGCGCGCACAAACUGACCAACAAAGUAGUGCAGACUUUACGUUCACUGUACGCAGCCAAGGAAGGAACUUCCAGCUAAUUAACUCUCGAACUGUUACACCCAACAAACUCUCAGCAGCCAAAUUUCAUCAGGAUUUAACGUUUUGUAAACAUAAGUCGGGAGAGAAAAGAGAACUACAGACUCACAGGUUUUAAGAUCCAACGCGGAACUGGUCAAAUUAAGGAACGACGAUUUUAAAAGAGUGGUCUGUUUGGAAAUGUAGAUGUGAAUCCUGUACAUCUUUUAAGUUAAACGGAAAAGAAAGAAACAGAGCUCCUUCGCUGUUGUGCAGCAACUUGGUUGUUUGAAUUUUUUUCCCCUCCACUGUAUCAUAGUUUAACACAAAACGGAAACAAAAAAUGUUUAUAUCUCUGACGAAAAAAAAAAAAAUCUGUUCAAAGAAAUAAACCUAAAGUGAAUGUUGGAAAUUAGUCUGUUGAUGUUCUUAAUAAAGUGACCUUGGAGUUUAACCUAGCACCGGUUGGAUUUCUUUAGCUUAGCUCAGUUUCCAGGGAAAUAAACUUUUAAACAUCUCCUCUGCUUUAUGUUUUACUUCUUUUGUGCUGUAAAAUGGAGUCUCCUGGACAUAAUUUAUUCAGUUGAAAGCAGAGCAUGCAGUAUCUUUCGCCUACAUGGAAGGGAGUUUUUUUUUGUAAAUGUAGAUUUUGAUGUACUGGGUCAGCGUUUGGGUCUCCACCCCACAGCGGGACGAGGGACCCCCAUCAUGUGUG